AUGACUUCCCAACUCCCAUUCGGCGAGAUGACUAUGACUCCGGAUGAUGCAAAGGCAAUCACCGGUCUUGCUUUGGAAGGAAAGGUUGUGUAUGGGGGUUUCAACAGUUCUCUACCUUAUGAUGCGCUUUAUGUCUUGGCUAAACACUGUCUUGGAUGGAGCAAAGAUCAAACGGAAGAAGAGAUUGGUUAUGGAGUUGCGCCCCGUGAGCAAGCUCCAUCAAAACAAGGAAAAGGUGGUCGAGGUGAAAAAGGAGGUCGUGCUGGAACAAGUGUUCGAGGUGGAAAAAAAGGAGGUCGUGCUGGAACAACUACUGCUCGAGGUGGAACAAGUGCUGCUCGAGGUGGACGUGGUGGAGGUAAAAAGACUCCUACUCAAGCUGGCAAAGGAAAAUGA